AUGGAUGGCUGGAACAUGUUGUUUGAAGAACAAAAUGGGGCGAAUGGGGUAUGGGCCAGGCAGACGGACAAUAGUGCGGCAGGAUUCCCGUUCAUGGACAAUUCGACAUCUUCAGUCAUCAACAACCUCAAGUUCACCAUUGCCAAGCAAGUUCGAUCUAUGAUUACUAUCCUUGCUGGGUUUAACACUGCUAUUGCCUUGAUAUUGGCAAUUAUCAUCAUUCGGAAUUGCUAUAAAACGACGAAGCAAAAUGACCCGACUUUCAGACUUCGUAGUUCUUCAUUUUUCCAUGUUAUAGAUGUAUCAGAGAUAUUUCCGUUUGUCCUAUCCAUCGGCAUAGCAGUACAGGGGAUCAUCUAUAUCGCUUGUCAGACCAAAGGCCUCGAGGGGUUGCUUAUACUUGGAUGCACGUCUAUUUCUCAGGCCAUGCUACCAGCCUUAUUUCUUGUCCCUUAUGUCCAGCUUUUCUUUGGGCUGGAGACAGUUCUACAGGCGCUGAGGCCGCGGCCGUUCCAACGAACGCCUAAAUGGGCCAUCUAUUCCUGUCUCUUCCUUGUUCUUCUUGGAACAUUGGUGAUGUACGUGUUGACGCGCGUCAUCAAAGCUCCCGACUUUUGCUAUGCAUCUCUCUUCUGGUUUGUCCAAACCUGGAGACUCGAAGCAGCUAUUCUCCUAACUACAAUUGCUUGUAUCUUGAUCAUUGGGGCUAUCAUCAUAUUCGCUCGACUGCACCAAGGUGCUUCAGUCGGCCAUGUUGAAAGGGCGACCGCCUCUAGAAUGGUUUACUACAUGAUUCUAGGCGCUAUACUAAACGGGUUAACGGCUCCUUACUUCUUCAGCAUCUUGUCUCAAAACCCAAUGGCCUUAACGACUCUGCAAUUGGAUUUGAACAUGGUAUCUUCGGUGGCGAGCAACGUGUCGGGAAUCACGUUUGGCGCUCUCUAUCUCUUUCUUCGCUCCCGCAAGAUGCAAAAGAUUGGGCCGCUUGGACAUAUCGAGCUUGGUGGCCCACGGGAAAAGUCUGUUGAUUCUUGGCCUGGGUCAGACAUUUUCAACAGGCAAAUUGGACAGCCCGUCUCGCCGGCGAGAAUAGUCCAAUCUCGCGCAAGCACGACGAGGUCAGCAGCCAGCGAAGGAAAGAGAAGCCUUGACGGACAAGACACGAUAUUCCACGCAAUAUCUGGCGGAGACGCUGCAGACGGCUCCGACUUGAUAAAUGUGCCUUUGACGCCAGUUAUGCCUCGAGCCCGAAAGGAUUCUUAUAGCUUGUUUCCAAACCAACGGGAAACGCUUGACAUCAAACCUCAAAGCACCGCCAUUCUUCCCUCUACGACAUACUCGCCAACAGGGAGCAACAGCAACGAGGCACCAGACAACCAGAUGUUUAACUUUGAAGACCUGUUACCACCACCAACAAUCCGCGUUUCGGGCGCUCCCAGACACAAUCGCGACUCUUCUUUGGUCUCUGGCCUGACCGUACAGAUUGGCCUCAGAGUAUCCAAUCUUAGCGACGUGAACCGCUUGGAGGCCCCCUAUUUCUUUUCUCCCGAGAUGCCGUUCUCACCAAAUCAACAGAACUGGCCAUUGGCUCCAGGGACGCCCACCAACCGCACGAACGGAGCCGCUUCUCGCCUCAACAGCAUGGCUUUCAACGACGGUAGAAGCAACAAUAUGCCUCACUCGCCCAUCAGAACAACUAUUGAGGUAAGGUAUGAUCAAGAGCAGGAUCACGAUGAAGACAAGCCAAUCACCCUGAGCCCUACGGUGUACAGCCCAAACAAGCCGCCAACUCCACCAGCAGCUGCGCAUCACAGGGGCAUGGCAUCUACUCCGUCAACGCCAGGUGCUGCGAGAACUGAUGAACGAUAUUCAGUAGGCACUGCUGAGUGGAUAUAG